AUGGCGACAGAGGAGGAUGGGGCUGGGCGAGUCCGACAGCUGCAGGAGCAGCGGAUGGUAGUUCAAAAGAAAACGUUCACCAAGUGGAUGAACAGUGUCUUCCACAAGAAUGGGGAGAAAUUGGAGCUGACUGACGUCUAUACUGAACUUAAAACCGGAGUAGUUCUGAUCCGUCUGCUGGAGCUCAUCGCCAACGAGAAGUUGCCAUCGCGGAGCCGAGGCAAGCUAAGAGUCCACUUUCUGGAGAACAACAGCAUUGCCAUCAAUUUCCUCAAAACCAAAAUUCGGGUGGAUCUAAUUGGUCCAGAAAAUGUGGUGGAUGGGGAUCGUACACUGAUCCUGGGGCUGCUGUGGAUCAUCAUCCUCAGGUUUCAGAUUGGACAUAUUAACCUGGAAGAGGGGAACAGCGUAGCUCAUCGCUCAGCCAAGGAGGCUCUGCUGAUCUGGUGUCAGAGGAAAACAUCAGGCUACAAUGGUGUUGACGUGCAGGACUUUUCCUCCAGCUGGAGGGAUGGACUUGCCUUCAAUGCUCUUAUCCACGCCCACCGACCUGACCUUUUUGACUACCACCAUUUUCAUGGCGAUAACCCCCAGCGUAAUCUGGAGCAUGCGUUCACUCUGGCAGAGCGGGAGUUCAGUAUCAUGCAGCUUCUGGAGGUGGAUGACAUCAUGGUCGCUCAUCCUGAUGAAAAGUCCAUCAUGACCUACGUGUCUCUGUACUACCACUACUUUUCCAGGAUGAAGCAGGGGCAGACCAUCCAGAAAAGACUUGCCAAGAUUGUUGGGAUGCUCAUGGAGCUGGAUGGCAUGAAGAUCCAGUAUGAAAGAAUGGUCUCAGAUCUGCUUCGCUGGAUCAAAACUAAGAUGGUGCAGCUGAAUGACAGAAGAUUCCCAAACUCUUUGAGGGAGAUGCAGAAACUGAUGAGCGCUUUUAAGACCUACAGAACUGUGGAGAAACCUCCCAAAUACCAGGAGCGUGGGGCAAUUGAGGCCCACUUGUUCAGUCUGAGGACUCAACUGGCAGCCAACAACCAAUGGGCUUAUAAUCCUCCAGAGGGUAAAACUCUGAAUGACAUAGAGAAGAGCUGGGCUAUGCUGGAGAGGGCGGAACAUGAACGAGAGCGAGCCCUACAGGAAACGCUGCUGCGCCUGGAAAGCCUGGAGCAACUUGCACAGAAGUUUGCCAGGAAGGCGGCUCUGAGGGAGGGCUAUCUUGAGGACACACUGCGUCUGAUCCGGAGGCAGGACAUCCGAGGUCUGUCCACACUGGAAGAGACUCAGGCAGCUGGCCGACGUCUGGAGGCCUUGGCUACCGAUGCACUGGCCAGGGAGCCACGCUUCACGGCCCUCAGAGACAUGGCAAAAUCCAUAGAGAAAGGAAACUACCACAGCAAGGAGCAAGUCAUUAGGAGGGAGGAGAACAUUAGCCAUCGAUGGAAGGACCUGCUGCAGCAGCUCCAAGAACAGAGGAUGCUUUUGGGAAAUGUAGUUGAAACUCUGAGCAUCCUGCGGGACAUUGAGCUUGUCUCCCAGGAACUGAAAGAACUACAAUCCCAAGCCAGUUCUUCUGAACUGGGGAAGCAGCUGACGGAGGUGGAGUCUCUUCUUCAGAAACAAGAUCUCCUGGAAGCUCAGAUCUCAACUCAUGGUGAAACCAUCACUACAAUCAGUAGCAGAGCUCUGAAGGCAAAAGUAAGGGAUGGGCAGCAGAUUCAGAGCAGAGUGAGAGCUCUUGACACUCAGUAUAAAUCGCUGGUGUCUCUCAGCAGCAGAAGGAGGAGGCAGUUGGAGGCUCAGUUGAAGUUGUUUGAGUUCUUCUAUGACUGUGAGGAGUUGGAGGCCUGGAUCUAUGAGCGCUGGUUAAAGCUGCAGACGGCUGGACUUGGACGAGACCUCAACCACAUCCAGGUGGCCGAACACAAGCACAAGGUGCUGGAGGCGGAGGUCCAGGCCCAGGAGUCUUUGUAUAAAGGUGUCCUGGGUCGAGGUCAGGAUCUGCUCUCCAAACAGAGUCAGGAGAAUCAGCAAGCUGUUCAGAAGUGGAUCAGGACUCUCAAGAAGCAGUGGAGCCACCUGACUGACGAGGUGACAGGACACCGCGACAGACUGCAGGCUGCUGCUACCAUAAAGCAGUAUUUUGCAGAUGUGGAGGAGGCUAACUCCUGGCUAGGUGACAGGAAGCCACUGCUGAUAAGCGAGGAUCAUGGGAAGGACGAUUCCAGCACAGCGGUGCUUCUGCAGCGCCACCUUCGUUUGGAGAAGGAGAUGGCAGCGUAUGCCUCAGAGAUAAAGAGACUGUCAGAACAGUCAAAGACUGCAGCACAGCUGACGGCACUGACUGCAGAGCCUCAGCAAGGCAAGAUGAUCCAAUAUAGUGAUUCCUCUGGGGAAGAGGAGAAGGAGGGGCAAGGAGCACGAACCUCACUAUCCAGUACCAGAGGUGGGAAGGGCCCUGUAAGCAUCCCCCCUCAGAAAGAGGAAAUCAAGGCCAAAGUCCGCUUCAGAUACAGCAGAGGUCAGUUUCCGUGGGACCGCAAUGAGAUUGUGACCAUCAUCAGCAGUGAGCCGGAUGGAGACAGAGUUGUGGCCAGAGACAGUGGAGGAAACCAGCAGUCCAUUCCCAAAACCUACCUGAAUAUGCUGCCAUCCAUGUCAAUAACUUUAUCACACCCUCUUCAGGUUCCUCCACCCACUCCACCUGCCUCAGCCAAUGAUAUGCCAGAAAGCUCAAGCAAGAAACUGAGUCGUCCUAGGCGAAGACGCUCUAUGCGUCGCGGCACAGCCGAGAUCCAAACCACAUGGCUGCCAGACCCCGAGUACCAGAGAGAUACUGUGGAGAGCACACAGGGCAGGUUGGACCAAGAGUACAAUUUCUUGUACAACCUGGUGAAGACAAAGACAAAGAGCCUGGAGGAGAUACUGCGUCUCCAUCGAUUUUACAACAGCUGCCAUGAGUUUGAGUCAUGGAUGGAGGAUAAGGAGAACAUCCUCAACACCUUCAGCACUGAUGGUGACAAUCUAGCAGUUGUUCAGGCCAAAUAUGAGAACUUUCUGACUGAGUUAGCGAGCGGACGAGGUCAGCUGGACGAUAUCAUCAAAAUGGCAGACGAGCUGGUGAAGAGCCAGCACAGUAAACAGAAAGAAAUCCGAUCCAGAAAGAGGAGUGUUUCCAAAAGGUGGGAUCGGAUUCAGCAGCUGAAGGAUGACAAAGGAAAGGAGCUGCUGAGUACGGCAGACGUGCAGUCCUUCCUGCAUAGCUGCGAGGAGGCUAAAGCUCAGCUGCAGGGUGAGCUGUCCCAGCUUGACGAAGUGGACAUGGGCUGCACCCCCUUCACUCUGCUUGCUGAGGAGAAGAACCAGAUUCGGGCCCUUAGAGACAUCAAGAUGCUUGAGGGGAAGAUUGCUUACCUGAAGAGCGUUGCAAAGAUGAAGCAGGACUGCAGUCCGGCAGAGAGUGCGGCCAUUAUGGAGGAGGUUCGAGGUUUGGAGGCUCUGCUGGAUCAGGUGAAAUGUCAAGCAUCAGACAGACAGCACCAACUGGAGGAGGCCCGCAGGCUGCAAAGUUUCCAGCAGGAGGCCAAGGAGCUAGAGCGCUGGGCGGGUUCAGUUCAGGAACGGCUCCUGCAGGAGGAGACAGCGAGCGACGUGGCCUCGGCUGUCACGCUGCUGGAGCAACACCAGGAGCUGCAACUAGAAAUGGAGACACAGAGGAGCAGGUACUGUGUCUCUCCCACUGUGUGUGUUUUUGCCAGGCUGAAGGAGAUGGAGAACUUAGGGAAAUCUCUGCUGCAAGGAUCAUCCAAUGGGAAAAUCGGCGGUGUUGACAUCCAACAAAUCCUUGAUAAUCUCAGUGCUGAAAGGACUAGGCUGGAGACGCUGUGGGCUAGUAGAAAGCAGCAUUUGGAGCAGGGUGUGGAGCUCCAGAGGCUGAACCAAGAGGGAGACCGGAUUGAAGCAGCAUUGUCUGGACAUGAAGCCCGACUAAAAGUCCAAGAUCUUGGGGACUCAGUAGACAGUGUGCACAGUCUACUGGGGCGACAAGAUGAACUUGAAAGUCUUCUUAAGGCUUUGGAUCAAAGAGUGGAUAAAUUCACUGAGCGCAGCAAGGAGCUUAUCGACCAGCAGCACUUUGCUUCAAAACACAUUAAGGAACGGAGCAGGAGCAUCCAAAAAGCCAACAGGAGGCUGAAAGAGAGCUGCAGGAAGAGGAGGAACCUACUGCUGGACUCCAAGAAAUACCAGGAGUUCCAAAGAGAUGCAGAUGAGCUGCUGUUGUGGAUGGAGGAGAAGUUUAAGGUGGCAGAGGACGAGUCCUACCGAGACCCCACAAACAUCCUCUGGAAGCUGAAGAAACAUGAAGCGGCUGAGAAGGAGAUGCAGGCCAACCAAGUCUGGUUGGAUAGACUUGUUCAGCUGGGAGAGGAGAUGAUUGCUGAAGAGCACUACAACAGUCAGAGCAUCAGCAGGAAGUCUUCUCAGCUCACGAGUCGGUGGAAAAGACUGCAAGGCAAGAUGGCUGACAGGGGGGACAGGCUGAGACAGGCAGGGCAGCAGGAGCAGCUGAUGGAGCUUUUGCAGGAUGCCAAGCUGAAGAUUGAGGCCAUCCAGUGGAUGCUAAACAAUGCUGCCAAAGGUCACGACCUGCGCUCCAGUCGACAGUUGCUGAAGGAGCAUCAGCAGCUGGAGCAGGAGGCCAAGGAACUGGCAGAGAAGAUCAACUCUAUUGUGAGCAGGGCCAAACAUCUCGCUUCCAACCACUUUGACUCUCAAAGGAUCCUCCAGGAGACAGACGCCUAUCUCACUUUAUUCAAGUCCCUGCAGAAACCUCUGGACGAGCGUCGGGCACAACUGGAGGCAUCUGUGGUGCUGUUUGGAUUUUAUCAUGAUGUGGAUCUCGAGCUCAACUGGAUCUCUGAGCAUGUUCCUGCCUCUGGAUCUACAGGAUACGACAAAUCUCUGGCUGGGGCCCUCAGCCUCAUGCAGAAACACAAGGAGCUGCAGGCCGCAGUGAAUGCACAUAGAAAACACCUGAACCACAUUCUGAAGAAAGGGCGCAGCCUAGCCAAAUCCAACAAGUCAGAAAGAGAGGAGGUGCUGCAGAGGUGCGACCACCUCAAUACAGAGUGGGAGGAGCUUGAGGAUGCCUGCAAAAAGAGAGCAGCUCACCUCAGCAAGGCUAUUACCAGAGAACAGCUGCUGUUGGACUGCUCAGAGCUGGAGUCCAGACUCACAGAGAUGCUCAGUCUGGUGAACAUCGACGACUAUGGCAAAAACCAGCUGGCCACACAAAGCCUCAUUACUAAACACCAGGUGCUGGAAGGACAACUGGAGGUGUUGGAAGCUGAAGUAGAGGCAUUAGGAGACCAGGUAGAGCAGGCCAUUCAGAACUGGGGCCUGGAGGAGCUCAGCAGACCCUACAGUCGAAUGAGCAGCCUGAACCAGCAGCUGCAGCACCAGGCUGGACUCAGGGGUCAGAAGCUGAAGGAGGUCCUUCAGCUCCAUGAAUUCAGGCGAGAGUCUUCAGAGCUGGAGGACUGGAUGAACCAGCAGAGACAAACAGCUGAGUCUCAGGACCUGGGCAAUGAUUAUCAGCAUGUUCAGUUGGUUCGAGGGAAGUUUGAAGGCUUCCUGAAGAAGCUGGAGGUUGGCGAGGAGAGACUACAGAACUGCAGAAACCUGGCUGUUCAGCUGAUCCACAACAAACACCCACAGAGCUCUGCAAUCAAAGACACUCUGCAGCAGCUUAGUGCAUCCUGGGAAGAUUUGAAAAGCUUGGCCAAGGAGCGUCAGGAUCAGCUACAGAAAGCUGAGGAAUGUCACCGCUUUUACCAAGACCUGAGUGAUGCGCUAACUCUCAUCCAGGAGCGACACAAAAGCAUCCCUGAUGAUGUGGCAAAGGAUUUGCAUGGAGUGACAUCACAGCUGAGGAAACAUGAGGCCCUGCUCCACGAGCUUGCCACCACAGAGGAACAGUUUCAAGAGCAGCUGGACUCUGUUGACUCUGUCCUGGAGCUUUGCACGCCUGAACUGAGUGUUCGCCUACAGAAAGUGCAGGACGAGGUGGUGGAACGGUGGGAGGAGCUGCGACUUCUUGCUGAGAAGAGAGAAGAGGAGCUCAAGCUGGCUUCCCAGCGAUAUCAAUUCCUUAGCAUGGUGCAAGACUACUUCCUGUGGUGCAGCCAGCUGAUUAGCGCAAUGGCAGUUGAGGAAAGCAUCAGUGAUGUGGCUACCGCUGACCUCCAGCUGGCUCAACAUCAGCAGUUAUUGGCUGAGAUGGAGGCAAGACAGGAGACCUACCAGCAAGCUCUGGACAUGGGAGAAGAGCUGCAGACACAGGACAAAAGCAACCAGAAGGAGGUGUUGGAGAAGAUGGAUGCUCUCCAGUCAGAGAGAGAAAAACUGGAGGAGCACUGGAAGAAGAAACAGAGCUGGUUAGAAACUGUUCACCUGGAGCAGAUCUUCUACAGAGACGUCAACAGCAUGGAGAAGAUGUCCAACUCACAGGAGAUCCUGCUGAAGAACAGCACUCUGGGAAAUACUGUGGAUGAGACAGAAGGUUUGAUCAAACGCCAUGAAGCUUUUGAGAAGCUGCUCAGCUCGCAGGAGGACAAGCUGUCAUCUCUGAAGGAGUUGGCUGAACGUCUGAGGAAACAACUGAGCAAAAAGAAGAGCGGACAAGUCAAAACCAGACUUAAAGCUCUCCUCCAGAGACGAGAGAAAAUUAAAGAGCUUUCUGCCAAACGUGGGGAAGAGCUGGAGCUUUCCAGGCGUCUGUGCAUUUUCAACCGAGAUGUCGCAGAGGCAGAGGAGUGGGUGUCUGAGCGGAUGCAGAAGAUGGCAGAGGACAGCAAAGCUGACCUCAGCAACCUGCAAACCAAGAUGAAACUCCUGCAGAAACAUCAGGUGUUUGAGGCUGAAAUCCUGGCUCACCAUGAGAUCAUCAGUAAUGUACUUUUGGCUGGGGAAGAACUUGUAUCUCUUCACCUGAGGUCCAAAGAGGUAAAGAAGAGUGCAGCCACACUCGAGCUUCACUGGGAAGAGCUGAAGAAGGCUGUGGCCAUCCGUGGCAAAGCUCUGGAAGAUAACAGAGCCUUCCUGGAGUACCUCCAGAAGGUGGAGGAGGUGGAGGCCUGGAUCAGACAAAAGGAGGUUAUGAUUAAUGUUGGCGAUGUUGGAAAGGACUAUGAACAUGGAGUCCAGCUGCUGAAGAAGCUCAGUGAAUUUAGGGGAAGUGAAGAUAAGGAUGUGACAGUGGAUGAUGCUCAUAUCAAAGCCAUCAACAAACUGGCAGCCAAACUAGAAAAAAGACAGAGUGCUGAGGAACUGGUGACUGUGACAAAGAGGAGGCAGCAGCUCAAUGAAAGGUGGAGCAAAUUUCACAUUGAUCUGAAUAAUUACAAGAACCAGCUCGAAGAAGCUCUGGUGGUCCACAGUCUCAUCAGAGAACUGGAGGAGGUCAGAGACAGAGCUAAUGAAAAGAUGCUGCUGCUGCAGGAUCAGGAUUGUGGCUGCGAUGUGGACAGUGUAGAAAACCUGAUUAGACGCCACGAGGAAAUAGAGAGAGAGGCUGGAGUUAUCCAAGAUAGAGCAAAGUCUCUGGAAGAAGGUUUGUUGGGUGAUCUGAGCGCUCAGUCAGUGAUGAGCGACAAGCUGAAGACCAAACAGAAAGAAGUCCAGAAGACUCUGAAAACUUUGGACAAGGAACUCAAACACAGAAAAGAAAAGCUGCAGGAGGCUCACCAGUUGCAGCUUUUCAAGGCUAACCAGCGCCUCCUGCUGGAGUGGAGUCUCAAACAGAGCAGUGAGAUGGCAGAAAAGGGACUUCCCAAGACCAGAACAGAGGCUGACCGGCUCAUUGUGGAGCAUCAGGACUGGAGGACGGAGAUUGACGCUCGUGCUGAACGUAUCGACUCUGUCAGGGACUUUGGUCUGGGUCUCAUCCGGUCUGGUCACAGCUCUAAGUCAGAGAUCCAAAAGGCUUUGAACCAGCUAGAGGAAGCUAAAGCUGGACUGGACCGAGCCUGGUUGAACCGUAACAUAACCUUGGAGCAGGCCCGUACACUACAGAUUUUCCUGACCUCUGUAGAACAAUGUGAGAGCUGGCUCAACAACAGUGAAGCCUUCCUGUCCAAUCAGGACCUCGGGAGCUCAGUGGCAGAGGUAGAAACACUGCAGAGGAAGCAGAUUCAGUUUGAGGAAGCCCUGGAGGCUCAGGGAGACCAGCUGGACCAGGUAGAGAAGCUGGCCCAGGAGAUGAUCCAACAAAAGCACUAUGAUGCCAACAACAUCAGAGCAAAGAGCAAAGCACUGACCACCAGGCGGAGUCAGUUGCAGCGGCAGAGCAGAUCUCGUUACAAAGCUCUGGAUCAAUCACUCCAGCUGCAGCAGUUCUUGUCCAGCAGCUACCAGGUAUGUGUGUGGCUGAAUGAGCGUAACGCCAUAGCACUGGAUGAAAACUGGAGGGAACCAACCAACCUUCAGGCGAAGCUGUUAAAACAUCAGAGCUUUGAAGCAGAGAUCCUCGGCAACCGCUACAGGGUGGAAACCCUCACUAAGGAAGGAGAGAAGCUGCUGUCUGAGUCUCUGUCUGCUGAAGGAAAGGUUCGACCUCGACUCAGAGAGCUGACUGACAGCUGGGAUACUCUGAUCCACAACUGCAAGGAGAAGAAAACUAGACUCCAGGAGGCCUACCAGGCAUUGCAGUUCCAGCGUUCAUUGGAUGACAUGGAGCAGUUCGUGGCGUCAGUGGAGAGGGAGCUGGCCAGUGAGGACUGUGGCAGUGACCUACCCUCCGUGAACAGAUUGCUGAAGGAACUGCAGGGGGUGGAAGAGGAGAUGGAUGGACACCAAGACCGAAUCCAGGGUCUGGUGGACACAGCAAAGAGCUUCCACUCUCAGGGUAACUUCCUGGCUGAGGAGAUUCAGACCAGAGUGGCACACACCAUCAACAGGUAUAACAGUCUGGCGCAGCCCCUGCAGAGACGUAAGGAGAACUUGGAGGCCUGGCAAGUCCUGUUCCAGUUCUACAGAAAUGUGGAGGAGGAAACGGCCUGGCUGAAUGACAGACUGCCCUCCAUCACUGCCAAAGACUUGGGCAGCUCCCUCAGCAGUAGCCAGCAGCUGCUCCAGAAGCACCAGACCUUGAUGCAGGAGAUCUCUGGACGCAUGCCAUUGGUCCAAGCAGUUCAGGAGGCAGGGCGUAGUCUGGUCAGGGGCCGACACUUUGCAUCUCACGAUAUCCGGGAGCGUCUGGAGGACUUAAAGAGUCUGCAUGAGAAGCUGAUGGUAGAGGGUGAGAAGAAAGUGAAACUACUGCAGGAGGCAGUCAGCAUACAUGCCUUCCUCACAGAGGUUUCAGAGCUCCAACUGUGGUUAGAGGAGCAGCAGGUGGGUUUAGAGUCUCGAGACUGCGGGAGGAGUGAGGAGGUGACGGAAGCUAUGCUGAGGAAAUUGGACUCUGUGGCUGUAGAACUGGACAACCAGAGGAGGACAGUGGAGAAGCUGCAGGAGAACGGUGCAUCGUUGCAACACCUUAGGCACCCCAAGAGCCACCUGGUCAGUGAGUCUCUCCCAGCUGUCGUUGAAUGUUUUGAGAUGCUCCUCAGACUUUCUGCAUCCCGUCAUGCCGCUCUGGAAGAUCAGCUCCGUCUCUAUGUGUAUGAGAGAGAAGCUAAAGAACUCCAAACGUGGCUGACCUCCAAGAGAACGAUGGUAGAGUCCACCGACUGUGGACAAGAUCUGGAGGAUGUGGAAGUCCUUCAGAAGAAGCUGGAGGUUCUGGUUUCAGAAGUUUCCGGUUUGGGUCGCAGCCGACUGACCUCAGUACAGCAGCUUGGCCGAGGGCUGCAACAAGACAAUCAGGCUCGCAGGAGGGAUGAUGCACUCAGCAGGCUGUGGGAUGAGCUCAACAGUAGCAUAAGGACAAGAGAACAGAAUCUGCAGGCAGCAAGGGAGAUUCAUCAGUUUAACCACGAUGUGGAAGAACUGAAGGGCUGGAUGGCUGAGAAGGAAGCAGUACUGGACUCAGAGGACCUGGGCCACGACCUGCAUUCCAUCCAGACUCUGAUGAGUCAACAUGAAGCAUUGGAGAGGGACCUGGUUCGAAUCUCUGAGGAAGUAACCAGGAGUAGAGAAGUAGGUCGCACUCUGAGCAAAUCCCAGCCUCAGGCCAGGUCCUCUGUGACUCAGCGGCUAGAUGACCUAGAGGCCUGCUGGACCAGCAUCCAGGACAAGGCCUCCCUACGGCGGGCCAGACUGGGCCAGGCAGAAGAUGUGCAGAAAUACCUUUCCCAGUGGACUGAACUCAUGGCGUGGCUGAAGGAGAUGCUGUCUCUGGUGAGAGGGGAGCCUCAGAGUGGUGAGGGAAGCGACCUGGAACAGCUCAUUAAAAAGCAUGAUGAGUAUCGCGUCCAGAUUGACAGACAACUAAUCAAAUCACAGGCCGUCAAACAAAAAGGAAGUCGUCUGAUUGAGGACGGAAACUUCAUGUCUGAGAAGGUGGAGCAGCGUAUCUGUGAGCUAGAGGAGCUGGAGAUGUGGGUGGAGAAGGUUUGGGAGGAAACCAGGCUGCUGUAUCAGGAGGAUCUGGAGAUUGUCCUUCUGCAGAGAGAGCUGGAGCAGGCUGAGCGCUGGCUGAGCUCCUAUGAAAGCACUCUGAUGGCUGAGGAAUACGGGGAUUCUGUGUCUGACGUUAUGGAGCUCCUUAAGAGGCAGGAGGACUUGGAGGCCAUGAUCCAGGCCCAGAGUGACCGUUUCAUUGCACUUCAGAAAAAGAAAACACAGAGGGAAAACAGACUGGGUCUUCAUGGAAAUGAGGAGAAGGACCUCCAGUACAGACAGCCUCCAGCUAGAGUUUCUUCCCUGAGAAGUAAACCAUCAGAACUAAAGACCCCACGGAUCUCCUCUAGAGACGUUCAUAGGGCCAGCAGUGGCAGGCAGACAGACAGAACAAUCAGACCAUCCAUGCUGGAGAAGAAAACAGAAACUGUUUCUAGUUCUCCUAGCCCUCCUCUCAGCCCACCACUGGGACCUGGAUCAGCUUCAAAGAUUAGCAAAAAAGUAGAAUCGGCUGACAGUUCUGAUGAGUCUGAUGAGUCCAGCCCCAGGCCGACAGUUAACGCCGGGAGAAGGCAAAUCAAAAAUUCACACCUAAAUUCUAACACUCCCCUUGGAGAAUCAGCUGAUUCCUCUUCACAACCGCCUCCUCAGUCCCAUUCACUGAAAGAGACUCGGCCUAGGUCCAAACCACCUGUGGCUCCAAAGCCCAGAAUUUCCUUUUCAGAGCAGGUGUUUGGUCGCCGCUCUGAUUCUCUGAACCAUCCAGAGAAACCCACCACUCCACCAAACUCACCUUCAGCAAUCAGACGACUUGUUGCCCCCACUGAACCGCCACCACCUCCACCUGUGAAAGAAAGAUGUAUUCGCCCUAAAUCACCAACAUCUAGGCAGCCCGAUGUGCCUGGCUCUCCUGCUCCACCUGCUGCUGAUCACCUUACACCACCCAACGCCCCGACGGCCGCACCAAUCACAAAGGAGGAUAAUGAGUCACCUGACCUUAUUCCCCCCUCUCCUAGACCUCGACAAAAGUCUUUAGAUCUAGCAGAGGGGCAACCCGAACCUGAGGUCACACCUGGGGAGCCAAUCAGAAUGGAGGGCGUGUUGGAGAUUAAGCUGAAACAAGGAGGAAACAAGGGUCUGGAGCACUGGGAGGAGGUCUUUGCUGUUCUGCAGGGAGAGACUCUCAGCCUGUUUAAAGACACAGCAGCUGCUGCACAGAGGACCUCUAGGUGGCCUCCUAUCAACGUAGUUGGAGCAGUUUGCAGGGAGAAUCGCUACUACAGAAGGAAGGAGAACACUUUCAGACUAAUACUGGAGGAUGGCAGUCAGUAUGUAUUUGCAGCAUCAAGCAAGGAGCUCCAGCUCGUCUGGAUGAAAAAGCUCCAGAACUGUCCGGAAUCUGCCAGCAGUGACUCUGACGACUCCGGGUGA